UUUACUGCACGCUUUAAGCGCCGCCCCGACUCCAGCUCAGUGUGCUACGCGAGGAAGGAUGCGGUUGCAGCCUCCCACGUUACUGUGAUAACUGUUCAUGACCGGACCCGCACUCUACAUAUAUCAUACAGUUUUCGGAACGGUCAGGAGCGCUGUGAACCGCGGGGUUGAAAGGAGAGAUUUUUAACGGUACAGACACUGAUGAUGAUGAAGAUGAUGACGGUGAGGAUGAUCCUGCUUCCGUAAGCGCCUUUAAAUCAUGGUCUCGGCUAACAUAAGUGGGAGUCGGAAGAGGAGGUGUUGAUAUGCGUUUUAUGUCGUUUUUUCCCUCUUAAUGAUGGUGGAUGCAUGGACUAUCGCCCUGCGCCUAUAGGGCUCCGGCUGACCGCAACCUGCCUGCCGAACACUUCGCCAGUAUCACCGCCUUUUCGUGCUGUACCGUGACCUUGGAUGUACAAAAGGGGUGUUUUGUUUACCGUGUCUCCCGAGGACAAGCCUUUGCUGCUUGCGAACAUUACUAUAAUGUUCCUCUUGGUUCCGCGUUAAUGGAUGUUCUCUUGCGCCACAGUUCGCCCGCCUGCGCGCUGACAGUCACACGGCUAUAGCACUAUGGAAACAGGAGAACGAGAGCGAGUGCGCGUACACAGUGACAGAGGGGGAUACCCAGUGAUCCAACAUGGCCCCAGAGAUGUUAAUGACGUUGCUGAUCAGUGCAGGGUCCAUCGUCAGCGCAGAGGCAGUAUGGGAUCACGUGACCAUGGCUGACCGGGAGUUGGCCUUUAAGGCGGGCGACGUCAUCAAAGUGCUGGACGCGUCCAACAAGGACUGGUGGUGGGGCCAGAUCGACAACGAUGAGGGCUGGUUCCCGGCCAGCUUUGUCAGGGUGGAAACCCACUCUCCUCAGUCCCAAACCAAACAGCUUUUUUAUAUCAACCCGAUCGCAGCUCCACGCCUCUCAAACACAUCUCCCAAGCUGUGGGUGAACCAGGAUGAGAGUGGCGCCCUGGAAGCGGUGGAGGGCCCCAGCGAGGUGCACAAUGGCCACGGGGAGUCCAGCCCCAACCCCAGCGACUGCCUGUGCCUGGGCCAGCCCCUACAGAACCGGGACCAGAUGAGAGCCAACGUCAUCAACGAGAUCAUGAGCACAGAGCGACACUACAUUAAACACCUGAAAGACAUCUGCGAGGGUUACCUGAGACACUGCAAAAAGCGAAGGGACAUGUUUAAUGAGGACCAGCUUAAAGUGAUUUUCGGGAACGUCGAAGACAUCUACAGAUUCCAGAUUGGCUUUGUGAGGGACUUGGAGAAGCAGUUCAACACAGAAGAGCCACAUCUCAGCGAAAUUGGACCAUGCUUUCUAGAACACCAAGAUGGGUUUUGGAUUUACUCGGAGUACUGCAACAACCACGUGGACGCCUCCAUGGAGCUGGCCAGGCUAAUGCGAGAUGCACGUUUCCAGCACUUUUUCGACGCCUGCCGGAUGGAGCAGCAGAUGAUGGACAUUGCCAUUGACGGCUUUCUGCUCACACCAGUACAGAAGAUCUGUAAAUACCCACUGCAGCUGUCCGAGCUGCUGAAGUACACUGUCCAGGAUCACAGUGAUUACCGGUAUGUAGCAGCAGCACUUGCUGUGAUGAGGAACGUUACUCAGCAGAUCAAUGAACGGAAACGUCGCCUGGAGAACAUCGACAAAAUUGCGCAAUGGCAGGCAUCAGUACUGGACUGGGAGGGAGAGGAUAUUUUGGAUCGCAGCUCGGAGCUGGUCUACACGGGGGAGUUGUCCUGGAUCUACCAGCCGUAUGGGAGGAGCCAGACCCGAGUCUUCUUCCUGUUUGACCAUCACUUGGUCCUGUGCAAAAAGGAUCUCAUUCGCAGAGACGUCUUGUACUACAAGGGGCGCAUAGAUAUGGACCACUACGAGGUGGUGGACGCCGCUGAUGGGCGCGACGACGACUUUAAUGUGAGUGUGAAGAACGCCUUCAAGCUGCGCCACAGGGAGUGUGAGGACAUCCACCUCUUCAUAUCCAAAAAGCUGGAGGAGAAGAUCCGCUGGCUGCGAGCCUUCCACGAGGAACGCAAAAUGGUGCAGGAAGAUGAAAAGAUGGGAUUUGAGAUUUCAGAAUAUCAGAAGCGACAGGCAGCUAUGACGGUGCGGCGAGCGACGAAGCAGAAAGGUCGCUCCGGGCCCCCGGCGUACCCUCCUCCUCUGGACCCCAUGAACCUAGGUCCGUACUUGCUGCCAGACGGGAUGUGCCAGGCCGACGGCUACGAGUACGGGGAACCCAAGAGGAGCACGUCCCCAUUCUGGCAAAACCUCAGCCGACUAGCCCCCUUUAAGAAAUAAACUCCCUCCCAAACAGGGAUUAGAGGACAAAAAAAAAGGACAGCUGUUUUUUUUUUCUCCUUCUUCUCUGAAAAAAGCACUAUUCUUCAUCUAAUUUAUUCUUGACUUUUUGGAAAGAGAAUACCAGGCUAUGUUGUGAGGAAAGGACCCAAAUGAUGGCAGCUGUUUGGAAAGAGGAGGAGGGGUUCCGGUGGAAUGCGUUAGUUGUACUCAUUCCCACCGUAUGCAGACUGCUCACUUUUAUCAACACACCUGGCACCGCACAACACACUCAAACACCACAGUUGGAAACACACUUCAGGUGCUACACCACAAAAAACAAACACAAACAAAACAGGACAAGACAAGACCACACCAACGUGGCUAGGACUAGAUGAGUAUUUUCACAUAAUCUACAACCACACAUUUAUCAGACAUUACCUAUAGGACACAUUCAUUUGAGCAUCUACACCAUCACAAUCACAUCACCAUGCCAACAUCAUAUCAGUGGAAACAGUGGCAGCACCAACACAAAGCUGACACUAUACUGAUGCUAUGAUACUAACAUGACUCGUACUUCAUCAUCAGGACAGCACAACAAAAUUGUGAGCAACACUUCAACACUAUCAUAGCUAAAAGUACACUAUCAGCACCAAGGCAAGGAAGACUAGCACCGCAGCAAGACCAGUGGCACAGAGUGGAUACUGCAACUGGAACUGCUCCUACCUUGUGCAGGCUGCCUGCAAGAAACCAAAAUCCUUUCAUCUCAGAAGGAUUUCAGAAAAAGGAUGCAUAUUAUUCUGUUUUCCUCACAAGAACAGUAGAAACAAAAAUGGUUUUAACCUGAAGAAGCACUAACCAUUAACCUGACAAUUGUGCCAAUCAAUCUGGAUGUGUCCUACAGUGCACUGUGACUUUAUUGGGCAUUUUACCCAUCUCUGUCUCUCUAUUGCUCUCUUUCUCUUCAACAUUAUGUCUGUAAAAUGCUCUACAAAUCCUGAUCAAUCAAUCCCGCUAUUAUUUAUUGUGGGUUAUCUUUAAUUAAAGUCUGCUGACUCUUCUGUUAUCUCUGCAUGAAAUGUUCAUUGCAGGUAUUCUUUGUGCAAUUAUAUUCUUACGGGUCAAAGACAAAAAAAGAUCAGUACAAGUCACUGACAAUGUAUCACAGCUGAACAGAAUGCUGUUGACAGGGUAGUCAUAUCAUAAAAAUAAUAGGCUAUUUAUGUUUUGUUUUAUGUAUGUAAUUUUGAAGCAGUUAUCCAAGCUUACCAUUGCUCUGAACAUUACGUUAUUAUGGAUUACUAUGGUAUUUACAGACCUUGAAUAGACUGUUCUCUGUUAUGCUAUUUCUCUGACCACUUUGAGUUCUACCAUCUACAACAAAACGGAUCCCGCGGACAUGGCGGAAAAAGAACUCGGGGUCAUCAUCACUGCCCCCCUAAAUGCACCUGUAUGUAUUGUCUGCUGUUGUCAUCACUAUCACUACCAAGAAGGCAGCGAAUUCUGGCUCCGAUCUGGCUUGGUAUGGAUCUGGCUAUUAUGUUUGCUGUUGUUGACAGUGCGUGGUUUGUUGUGGACACAUUGGGUUCUAUAACUUGACAAACUCUUUGGGCCAGUAGGCUAUACGAUCCAAAACAUGACAGCAGGACAAAGGCUGCUUCUUAUUAUUUGAAGUUUGCUCUUAAUUCUACCAUUUCAAUAUCAUUAAGUAUUACUUUUGCUCUCUUGGCAGCAUUGCAGUUUUGCUAAUAAAAUCAUGCUAAUCUGAAUUAGCACAACAUGUCGUUGGGGAUUCACACCUGAUAUACAAGCGAGAUGUCACCUCCUCAUAUUGUAACUGAUAACUUUUGAACGUUAGUAUUUAGUUCAGUUAAUAAAAAAUACAACGUCUUUUGAAAUUAGAUUAUUUCUUCUGUUAUGGUGUAAUUUUAAUUUAGCUAUUUUGACAUUUAUGUGAUGGACUAAAGAAAGUGUGCACGAGUUUGAUAAAUCAGCUUUAAAAAAAACCCAGAUAGCCUACACUUUGAAGAAUAUGAUCAUGCGUCAAGGAGACAUUUAGAGGAAAUGAAAUGUGCAACGUGCCAAAUGAAGUAAGCACUGUAUUGUCAUGUUUUAAAAAGAAAUAUCAGUUAAAUGUUUUUUGACUUGGUGAUUUGAUUGACAUCCGACGUUUCAUUAUUUCAUAAUAAAUCUCGCUAUGGACACCACA